AUGGCGGCCCCACCCGGCGUCCGCCCCACCCAGCGGCCCCACCCGGCGUCCGCCCCACCCAGCGGCCCCACCCGGCGUCCCCACCCGGCGGCGGCCCCACCCGGCGUCCCCACCCGGCGGCGGCCCCACCCGGAGGCCCCACCCGAAGGCCCUACCCGGCGGCGGCCACCCGAAGGCCCCACCCGGCGUCUCCACCCGGCGGCCCCACCCGGCGUCCCCACCCCGAAGGCCCCACCCCGAAGGCCCCACCCGAAGGCCCCACCCGGCGUCUCCACCCGGCGGCCCCACCCGGCGUCCCCACCCGGAAGGCCCCACCCCGAAGGCCCCACCCGAAGGCCCCACCCGAAGGCCCCACCCCGAAGGCCCCACCCGAAGGCCCCACCCGGCGUCCCCACCCCGAAGGCCCCACCCGAAGGCCCCACCCGGCGUCCCCACCUGAAGGCCCCACCCGGCGUCUCCACCCGGCGUCCCCACCCGGCGUCUCCACCCGGCGUCCCCACCCGGCGUCCCCACCCGGCGUCCCCACCCGGCGUCUCCACCCGGUGUCCCCACCCGGCGUCUCCACCCGGUGUCCCCACCCGGCGUCCCCACCCGGCGUCUCCACCCGGCGUCCCCACCCGGCGUCUCCACCCGGUGUCCCCACCCGGCGUCCCCACCCGGCGUCUCCACCCGGCGUCUCCACCCGGUGUCUCCACCCGGCGUCCCCACCCGGCGUCCCCACCCGGCGUCCCCACCCGGAGGCCCCAGCCGGCGUCUCCACCCGGCGUCCCGCGGUGA